UCCAGGUCGCUGUUCCGCCGGGCGGGAUUUCCGCAAUAAUAUCAAGUAUGGCGAAGACAUACGACUAUUUGUUUAAAUUACUGUUAAUCGGCGACUCUGGUGUCGGGAAAACAUGUGUACUCUUCAGGUUUUCGGAAGACGCCUUCAACUCGACGUUUAUCUCAACUAUAGGCAUUGAUUUCAAGAUUAGGACGAUAGAGCUUGACGGCAAGAAGAUAAAGUUACAGAUAUGGGAUACGGCGGGUCAGGAGCGCUUCCGAACAAUCACAACAGCCUAUUACAGAGGAGCAAUGGGCAUAAUGCUUGUCUACGACAUCACCAACGAGAAGUCUUUUGAGAAUAUCAAGAACUGGAUUAGGAACAUUGAAGAGCAUGCAUCAUCAGAUGUUGAGAAGAUGGUCCUUGGUAACAAGUGCGACAUCAACGACAAGCGACAGGUGUCCAAAGACAGGGGCGAGAAUCUCGCGUUGGAGUAUGGAAUAAAGUUCAUGGAGACCAGUGCAAAGGCCAACAUCAAUGUGGAAAAUGCAUUUUUAACACUUGCCAGAGACAUCAAAUCAAAAAUGGACACAAAAUUGGAGGGCAACAUGCCGCAGGGGAGCAGUCACGGAGUCAAGAUCUCAGAGCCUCAGAAAAAGACCAGCUUCUUCCGCUGUAGCCUUCUCUGAGGACCAAGGUACCAAGGUACCGAUACUGGCUGCUAGCUGGCUGGACAUAAAUGGACUGUGCUUCCUCAUAGCACUUCCUUCCCCUUACUUCUUUCUUCCCGUCCACACAAGCCGUUCUAUUCCAAAUAAGCAAAGGAUUUCCCCUCCCCGCUUCCUCUUCUGAAAGCUUCCAGUGGUGCAUCUCUUUUAAGGAGGUCUGUUGUCUUCAUAUGUCAGGGUGAUUUAUUGGUAGAGGACUCCACUAGGAGCAUUAUCCAGAUGUUCUUCACAGAUGUUUCACACAAAAGACGGGCGCUUACUUAUGAUGUUAGUCUCUAUUUUUUAUUUUUUUUAAAUUUACGCACUCAUAUUUCACGCACCCGGAAGCACAACCCGGCUAUCCAAGAAGAUUAAUCUCAUUGUUUUGGGCUUGAAAAUACAUAUAUGAUAUUAAGAACUAUUUUUACUAGAGCCUGCUCGAUUUCUAAGUGGUAAAACCAGAGACUGAUAGGCUUCCUAAUGAAUCCGCUCCACAUGCUUUCACUUUCGAGGCUGUGAAUCAUAUGACUUAUUGGGCAGACAGGGAAUUGGAUUCAAAGGUUUUCCAUUGGAGUCCUGCGUAUGAGAUUUCAAGUAGUCCUUGACAAUCAUGAGAUGUGACUAAAAACAUCUUCAAUUAAUUUUAUCAUUCCUGCCAUAGCUUUCAGGUGCUGGAAGGAAAUUGAGCAACACAAAACCUAAAAAUACAAUUCAGAGUUCUCUCAAAGAACAUUGAUGUGACGUAGUCUUGCUUCUGUUUUCUCUGGUGUAGUUGGCUGCUGAAAAGUAUUGUACAUUGUACAAUAUAUACUGACACUGCAUUGUGGCCCAUAUGCAAGUUCACAAUUUCUAAAAUAAUAGGGUAUGCACACAGUACAAUAUAAACAAUUGUCCCCAAAUUUGUAAUUUAAUUGGGCUGAAUUCUUUAUUCCUACCUGUUAUUAUAUAUAUAUUUUUAAAUUUUAAGUAGCUGGAGCUAGCAAAUGUUAGUUUUGCCUUUGACUUGACGGUUUUGUUGCAGCUCUCAUUCUUAGUUGAGCUAAAUGAUGUCUCUGGUUUUUUCAUCAACAAUUAAAACCCUUUUGAAGUUGCCCUACUGAAAAACCCUUCUGCUAUUCAUGCAGCUCUCCUUGCACUUUAACAAUAACCCGUGUUUUGUAUGUAGUCUGUGCCAAGUGAUAGAUUUGCAAUACAAUACAAUUAUUUAGUUAAAAAACGUCAUGUAUAAUGGGACUAUUCUUUUUUUAAAAUUACAUUUACUUAUAAAUUGAUCUCUCACCCUAUUUCACUACUAGUGACCCACUGUCCUGGUAUUAGUUCACUGAACAACAUUACCCUAGUGUACCAAUAUAUAUUUAUAAAAAACAAACAAAUCCGAUGUUUAAUCCAACAUUAUAGUUUAAAGUGAUGGUUUCUUGACUUAUGUGAACGAUGGCGCUUUAGUAUUAUUGUACACUUCCUCUUGUGCCCGUGUUGUUUGGUUGUGGCCUUCCUGUUUUAACAGCUAGGUGGCACCAGAGGCACAGUGUGCACUAUGGGUUACCAGAAUGACUUUUGCAUCUUUGACCUGCAACAGUUCAAUGAUCGCCUCCACGUCUGAAUUAGUGAACAUGUACCCUGUAUUUAACAUUGAUGUUGAGUCUCAUCUGUUUCCACUGCCCCUCAUUAACCCUUCCUUCAUUUGUAACAAGUGUGAAAACCAAUCUCCUAUAUGCACAUCUAUGGGUUACCAGAAUGACUUUUGCAUCAUUGACCUGCAACAGUUCAAUGAUCGCCUCCAGGUCUGUAUUAGUGAACAUGUACCCUGUAUUUAACAUUGAUGUUGAGUAUCAUCUGUUUCCACUGCUCCUCAUUAGCACAUUAUUGAGGGAAGUUUUGCUUUUUGCUUGCCUGCACUUUUUUGUUCUAAUGAUUUGGGGACCUCAUGACUACCAUGGCCAUUUGUCUUAACCGCUAGUACUCAGUACUGUCAUAGGUGAGCUAUGCAUUGUGAAUCUUGGACCUGUGCAUCUUUGUGUGAUGUCAUUUUCAGAUGUACUUGUAGACCCGUACAGUUGACUGUGUGGGCUUUUUGUUCUCUUUGGGUCACUCACUGAGUCAAACGCAGGAUUUUGUAGAAAUGGCAUUGCUACAACAAUGCCGGCGGAAUUAGGCAUGGCCGAAGAUUAAGUAGGAAGAGUGGACGUUUAAAUGUGGUAAUUAAUGCUUUUGUCUCGUUUGAGUGAUACUGUAGCUUAAAGUCGUAGACAACAUAGAGAGAAGACCUUUUGUGGAACUCAAAUGGCAUAAAGUUCAGCUGAAAUGAUACUCAGAUUUUCUUUUCUUUUUUUAAAAUCAUAUCCUUUAAUAUUUUACUGUAUAUCCCUUUUUACAGCCAUAUUUUCAUUCCAUCGAUUGUGAAGUACACAGGGAGAAUAAUAAAAUACAUUUUGGAAAAAAAAAAGAAGUGAAAAAGACAUUGUAAAUAUCACAUUGAGAAAAAGAGAUCUACUUAAAUUGUACUGUACUUUCUAAACCCAUAUGAAAAUGUAUCUACAAUUUGUAGAUAUGUGUACUUUUGAUUUAAUAAAAUUAUAAAAGUUG